GAAAUCUUUCGAGAGUUGCAAAAAAGAUCAUUUCAAGUUCAUUGCAAGAAAGAUAACUGAGGUAAUCGUCGAGAUAGCUACGAAUGUUUGAGUGACGAGCGGUGUCACAAAUUUCAGUUCGUAAAUAUUCGAAUUGGCAAAAAAGAAAAAACGCUUUAUAUGAUUCAAGGAUCUUAUCCAUCAUCAAAGCAAGUAUUUACCGUAAGUGAUUGAUACGGGGCGGAUCAUCGAUGUUAGACUUGUUACGUACCUAGAUCGCCAAGGUUUGUGAGAAUCGAUUUGACGUGUCAGGAGUAGAGUUGCCGACGCUUCGGGUACGGUAAACGCUGGCUCUCCCGCUACCCUGAAGGAAGAUUCCACCUUCAAGUAUGGCCUCGGUGGCAGCGUGGCUGCCAUUCGCCCGUGCGGCGGCGAUCGGUUGGGUACCGAUCGCCACACACCCACUGCCACCGCCGCCGAUCCCGAAAGAUCGGCGCAAGGCCGACGACGAGAAGCUGCUGAUCAACGUGAGCGGCCGUCGCUUCGAGACGUGGCGCAACACCCUGGAGAAAUAUCCAGACACGCUACUCGGUUCGAAUGAACGUGAAUUCUUCUACGACGAGGAGAGCAAGGAGUACUUUUUCGACCGGGAUCCAGACAUCUUCCGGCACAUUCUCAAUUAUUAUAGAACUGGCAAGCUACAUUAUCCGAAGCACGAGUGCCUGACGAGCUACGAUGAGGAACUUGCAUUCUUCGGUAUCUUACCGGAUGUGAUUGGCGAUUGUUGUUAUGAGGACUAUAGAGAUCGCAAACGCGAGAACGCCGAACGGCUGAUGGACGAUAAGUUGAGCGAGAAUGGUGACCAAAACCUCCAGCAGCUGCUCGACAUUCGGCAGAAGAUGUGGCGGGCCUUCCAGAAUCCGCACAUUUCUACUGCCGCGUUGGUAUUCUACUAUGUCACUGGAUUCUUUAUCGCUGUGAGCGUGCUUGCGAACGUGGUGGAGACUGUGCCGUGUGGCAAUCGUCCGGGCCGUGCCGGCACUCUUUCAUGCGGCGAGCGUUACAAGAUCGUAUUCUUCUGCCUGGACACAGCGUGCGUAAUGAUUUUCACGGCCGAAUACCUGCUCAGGCUGUUCGCCGCUCCCAGCCGAUGCAAAUUCGCGCGCUCUGUGAUGUCGAUAAUUGAUGUGGUCGCGAUACUGCCGUAUUACAUCGGACUUGGAAUCACCGACAAUGAUGACGUGUCGGGUGCAUUCGUGACGCUACGCGUGUUUCGCGUGUUCCGUAUCUUCAAAUUUUCACGCCACUCGCAGGGAUUACGUAUUCUGGGUUACACUCUAAAGUCCUGCGCUUCCGAGUUGGGUUUUCUCGUGUUCUCGCUCGCGAUGGCUAUCAUUAUCUUCGCUACCGUCAUGUUCUACGCGGAAAAGAACGUCGACGGUACCAACUUUACCUCGAUACCUUCCGCCUUCUGGUACACCAUCGUAACGAUGACUACGCUGGGCUACGGUGACAUGGUUCCGAAAACGAUUGCGGGAAAAAUCGUCGGGGGUGUAUGCUCCUUGAGCGGUGUCCUAGUGAUCGCUUUACCGGUACCUGUUAUCGUCAGUAAUUUCAGCAGAAUAUAUCAUCAAAAUCAACGUGCUGAUAAACGGAAGGCACAAAGGAAAGCUAGAUUGGCACGUAUCAGAAUCGCGAAGGCGUCGAGCGGUGCCGCUUUCGUUAGCAAAAAGAAAGCAGCGGAGGCUCGUUUGGCCGCUCAGGAGAGCGGGCUGCAGUUGGAGGAGUUUUAUAAAGAGGAGGAUAUCUUCGAGCUGCAACAUCAUCACCUACUUCGUUGCUUGGAGAAGACCACGGACCGCGAAUUUGUGGAGAUGGAGGUGCCGUACAACGGCGCUCCGAAGAGACCGGGCUCGCCAUCGCCCCUGACCUCCCCCGCGCACAGCACUGCCUCCAGGGGCGGCCUGCUGCAGUCUUGUUGCGGGCGCUGCUAUCCCCAACGUUACCAGAGUUUGUCCUAUCAACUUACCUCGAACGAGAGCAAGGACAGAGUGGUGCUCAUAUACGGCGACCGUAUACAGGUGCGGAAAAAGGACCUAAAGAAGCGCGAUUCCCACAUCUGCGACAUGCAGGCCCUACAGCCACUUCCGGCCCCCACCAACACCGCCAACACCGCGCCCGCCAUGACUACUUCCGGUGGACAGCCACCGCUCCCGGUAUCGGAGACCGUUUGAAUCACGAUGAUCACGAGAACCGAUCACGAUCGUCCGUGUGCGAUGUGCUAGCCACGCAUUAUCACACCACCACUCACCUAUAAACUCACCGCCGUCCUUCUCCACACCUGUGCUCGCUGAACCCGAUGAACGAACCACGGCCGACCACGGUCGAAGCAACGUAAAAACGAAUCGUUUGCAUCGAUGCCACGCGACGAUGGAGAUCAUCAUCAGAUUCAACAGCACUCUGAAUCGCGGUUUCGCAAGCGGAUUGAUUCGCUUCCCCGGAGAGGACGGAACGAUCGUUCGUUAUUCAGCGGGAUCUAUACAGAGGAUCUGGGAGGAUCUAUAUCAUCGCGAUGCGGAUCGAUUGUUAUCGAAAUACGAGGACCGACGCGCGGUUCCUCCUAUGCGAUCGUAGUCCUGUUAGAAUUUCCGACAAUUCGCAAAUUUCCGUUUAACGGAAAAAUAUCUCGUAUUAGCAACGUUUGUUUGCAUGUCCUCGUUGCAAUCGCAAUACCUGGUUACAUGCCGGAUGGAUUUCUGCAGGAAGAGAAAAGCGAUUGAGCACUUCCUGAUGAAAUCCGUUUACGCCAUAUGACAGUUAAUUAAAUUAAUUGAUUAAAUUGUGCCAGCGACGAGUUCGCAAAAUGGAUAACCCAGGUGUGGCUAAGUGAUUACGAUUAGAGUUGCGCAAUUAUACGGGAUUUGUCCGUGCGAGAUCGAGUCCUUGGGAGGGUGGUUUUGCAACAUGUUACUUCGCGUC